CAGGCAUACAGACAGCAGACGCGCAGAAUGGGAUCUUUCGUAUCAAGCUUACUAAGAGGCGGCGGAACUGGAGAGGCUGAUCCGUCCUCAGCGGAGCCAUCUCGGGUCUCGACUUUUCACUCCUCCGCUAGUUGGCAGCUCCAUUUCAAGAACUCCGAAGCUUCAUCCCAGCUCAUGGUGAUAGAUUUCGCCGCGUCUUGGUGUGGGCCGUGCAAGUUCAUGGAGCCAAUCGUCCACGCAAUGGCCUCCACGUUCACCGACGUUGACUUCGCUAAGAUCGACGUCGAUGAAUUACCUGAUGUGGCGCAGGAGUUUAAUGUGCAUGCGAUGCCGACUUUCGUGUUGGUGAAGAAAGGUAAGGAAGUGGACAGGGUGGUUGGUGCUAAGAAGGAUAAGCUCCAGAAGAAGAUCAAGAAGCACAGGGCCCUCUUACCCUCUUCCUGAUUGUGUAUGAUUCUCUCUUUCGCUUUUGUAGUGUGUUGUUACGCCAAGACGUUCGAACAGAGAUCUCAAGCCAAAUCCCAAGUAUCAGGGAGGAGGCUAAACGUGAGAAGUGAAGACGCAUGGACGUGGACGUGAAAAUGGACGUGAAGACGUAAUGGUGUGAAGAUGGUGUGAGUGGAUUGGGUCAUUAGCAGUUAGAGAAUUUUAUGCUUGAUGUUUAUCUUUCUGUUGCAUUUUAUUUCCGUUAGUACGUGUGUUUGUAUUUUCUAUUAUUACGUGUGUUAUGCUUCGGUUACUAGUUGAUAGCAAUCUUAGUGUUGCGUCCUCUGUUUUCAACAUUA